AUUGGGACCAAGGCCAGAAGCAAGCUAACGGUGCUCUGGUUCAAAAUCAUCAGCUAACCAGCCCGGUCAAAGAGGCAGAACGCCACACCUUCCAAAGAAGCCUAUCUUCUUGGGGAAGCUCUACGCUGAGAGCUGGGCUGUGUAUAAAAGGACAUAUGAGGGAGAGUAUUUUUGAAGGGAUAAGAGAGUUUAAAAUGCUAAGGGAAGCAUUCCUUUAACAACUUUAGAAGAAAACAUGUUUUAAGGGACGAUCUUAUUCCAAUUUGGAACCAAGCUAUCAUGAUUAGAUCUAUAGUUUAAUAGCAAGUCACAAUAUUGCUUUUCCUGAUAUUCACCUAGUACGAAGUAUGGCUUCAAUUUUACCUGCUUCCAACAGGUCCAUGAGAUCUGACAGGAAGACAUACAGGGGAAAAAGGUUCGUUCGUAUUAAAAAUCCUUACCUAGACUCUAUGGAUGAAGAUAUUCUUUAUCACUUGGAUUUAGGAACAAAAACACACGACUUACCAGCAAUGUUUGGAGAUGUAAAGUUUGUCUGUGUCGGUGGAAGCCCCAACAGAAUGAAGGCAUUUGCACUGUUCAUGCACAAGGAGCUUGGGUUGGAGGACAAUGGAGAAGACAUGAAAGACAUCUGUGCUGGGACAGACAGAUACUGCAUGUACAAAGCUGGUCCUGUGCUCUCCAUCAGUCACGGUAUGGGCAUCCCCUCUAUUUCUAUUAUGCUUCAUGAACUCAUCAAACUACUACACCAUGCACGGUGCUGUGAUGUUACCAUCAUCAGAAUUGGGACCUCGGGGGGAAUAGGGAUCAUGCCCGGCUCUGUUGUAAUAACAGACACAGCUGUGGACUCUUUUUUCAAGCCCCGGUUUGAGCAGGUAAUCUUGGACAAGAUUGUUACCCGAAGUACUGAACUCGACAAGGAACUGGCUGAAGAGCUAUUCAACUGUAGCAAAGAAAUUCCCGACUUCCCAACCCUCAUUGGACACACAAUGUGUACCUAUGACUUUUAUGAAGGUCAAGGUCGACUAGAUGGAGCACUGUGCUCUUUUUCCAGAGAAAAAAAGUUAGACUACUUGAAGAGAGCAUAUAAAGCUGGAGUCAGGAACAUUGAAAUGGAAUCUACAGUGUUUGCAGCCAUGUGUGGCCUCUGUGGGCUGAAGGCUGCUGUGGUCUGUGUGACACUUCUCGACAGACUUGACUGUGACCAGAUCAACUUGCCCCAUGAUGUCCUGGUGGAGUACCAGCAACGGCCUCAGCUUCUAAUCUCCAACUUCAUCAAGCAGCGCCUUGGACUUCGAAAACAGACAUCCUAACUGGGCAGCUCAACCCUCCCCUUCAUAUGUGUAGCUCAGGUUUAACAUCAAAACAUCUAUUACAUGUGGCAUUUUCAUAUAGUUUUCAUCCACACACUAAAAUCAUGAUAGAUUUUAUGAAAUCCCUUUAUCUUAAAAAAUGAAUUUAUUAUAAAUGAAUUUAAUACCCACAUCAAAUUAAAUUCAAAUUUCAUUUUAGAACAAGUUAACUAAAUCAGCCUAAUAAUUAACAUUUGAAAACUCCUAGAUUGUGACAUUUGGAGUUUCAUAUGCAGCACUAAUUAAGCUCACAUCAAAAUAGAGCAGCCAUUUGUAGAUACAGUUACCAGUCACUGUUUCUGAAAUCAAUCCAGAAAUUCAUGUUCGAACAUUGUCAGGCACUUCUAGGUGUUGGAUAAGUGACAGAAAUUGAUCAUGCACAUUCAAAAUAUUUACCAAAAAAAGUAUAAGUGCAAUGUAGGUCUAUAUGGAAGAAUUAUCCUUAGGGAAAUAUGACCAUACUUCUUUUUUACCCCUGCGUGAUUUCAACACAUUACAGAAUAAGAUGAGAGGCUUACAUUUGCCUAUGUUUGUGAUUUUUUUUUAUCAUGGAAUAUAACAACUCUGAGUUACAUUUAUUUUCAAAUGAAAACCCUCAGUAAUGCAAGGAGAGAUAAUUUUCUUUAGAAAGCACAAGUGACUAAAUUUCCUUCUGGCAGUCUUUUAUUCUUUUAAGGAAAUGUGUUUUGAGGAGGCUGCAUAUUUCUUUUAAUUUCAACAUUAACCAAAUAGGCUGAGGAAUUAAUACCAAUCGAACUUGAGUGCAUGAGUUUGAAGUAAUUCCUUUGGAUGAUCUUGAGGCAGGUCUUGUUGAGACACUGCCCUUCCCUUGCUUUCUGUGAUUUGAUUCCACCCUGGAGGCUCUUCUGAAUUUGACAUCCUUAGGAGGUAGAAAGAAUGGAUGGUGGAUGAGUUUGCAAACUUGUAUAGGAUGUAAUGCUAUAUACAUGUGUGUAUAUGGUUGAGGCGGAAAUAAACUAUAAUUCAAACUCUGA